AUUGAGAAAAAAUGGGACCUUGAAGUUAAUAAAAGCAUAGUUUCGUAUAUCUUAAAGACAAGUAAACAAAAACUUGAAAAUACAAAUGUUAAUUUUAAUGGAAAGUAUUACAGAACUGUCACUUACCCAGAACUUGAUCUUGUCCUUAAGAA